AUGGAUCUGCAAACUGUAUCUAACAAUGUGUGUUUUGAUAAUGUUGAUGAAGUUAGAAACAUUAAACAUAAACAAGUUAUUGUCGGAACCACCUUUAUCACCUUCAAGGACCUUGGUCUUCUUGGAUGCGUCAAGCAGUGCCUUGUCAGAGAGAAAUGUCAGUCCUUUAACUUCCACUUUGACAAGACCACCUGUGAACUGAAUGCCAUCAACAGCAGUACGACCGACGCUGUCGUGUCAGCUGACCAAGGAAGUGCCUACAGUGACAUCGAGUCAUGGCCAAGACGAGUCGCUGGUUCCUGUUGGAACCACACAUGUGCUGUCAACUCUGUGUGUGUGGAUUAUAGGAACGAUUCCCCCUACUGUAGAGUGGAGUGCCCUGAUCCCCAAACUGUAAGAAAUGGUCAGAUUCUCUCUCAACGCAACUGCCACGAGGUUGGUUGUGUCAUUGAGUAUAACUGCUCUGUUGGCUAUGUUCAAUCGCGGGAAGCUGUCUGUGGACAGGAUGGUUCCUGGUCCUCGUUCAAGUGUGUGCGAGGAUGUGGUAAUCCACCAUUGGUGAACAAUGCAGUUCUAGAUGACAGUGAAAACCCCUUCCCCGUUGGAAGAGUGCUGAACUACACAUGCAACAAACCACUGGUCGGUCUAGGAAAGAUGUGA